AUUUCACGACCGACGCCACGUGCAACCGGCGUUGGCUCACUUUGCGAUCGACCGACCGACGACGAUGAGUGCGCCCGACGUCGAGCCCGUGCGCCAGCCGCUGGACGAAGCCCGGCUUGGCGCGUUCCUAGAUGCUCACUUUAGCUCGCCAUCGCAGCCGCUGACCGUGCACCAGUUCAAGCACGGGCAGAGCAACCCGACGUACCUCGUGACGUAUGGCGGCCAGCAGCUCGUGCUUCGAAAGAAGCCAUCCGGCAAGAUCUUGCCGUCGGCGCAUGCGAUCGACCGCGAGUUUCGCAUCAUGCAGGCGCUGCAAGCGACGCCGGUACCCGUGCCUCGUAUGGUCACGUACUGCCACGACGCCUCGGUGCUCGGCACGGAGUUCUACUUGAUGGAAUACAUCCACGGCCGCGUCUUUAAGGACCCGUCGCUGCCGGGCGUCUCGGCCAUGGAGCGCUACGCCAUUUACAGCGCCGUCAAUGACGCCCUCGCGACGCUGCAUGGCCUCGACCCUACAGCGCUUGGCCUCGAGACCUUUGGCAAGCCGACCAAGUACGCGAACCGGGUGCUCGCGACGUGGACGCGGCAGUUUGUCGCGCAGCAAAAGAUCCUCGCGAGCUUCAACACGACGCUGCCCGAGGACGCCGGCUUGGCGACGCUCAGCAACUGGCUCGAGGCGCACGUCGAGGCCAUUCCCGAGCGCGCUGGCAUCGUCCACGGAGACUUUCGCCUCGACAAUUGCAUCUUCCACCCGACCGAGCCGCGCAUUGUAGCGAUUCUCGACUGGGAGCUCAGCACGAUCGGGCACCCGCUCGCCGACGUGGCAACCUUUUGCACUAUGUACCGCAUCCCAUCGACCUUUCCCCUCCUCCCGGGCCUCGUCGACAAGCGCUUGGAGCGUCUCGGCAUCCCGAGCGAAGCCACGUUUCUUGCUGGCUACGUGGAGCGGGCGGCCGUGUACCCGCCGACGGCGACGACAUGGACCUUCUUUGGUGCACUCGUGGUCUUUCGUAUGGCCGUGAUCGUGCAAGGCGUGUACGCGCGUAGCCACCAGGGCAACGCGUCAUCGGGGCAUGCCAACAAGACGCGGGACGUCUACGGCAUGCUCGUGCAGCUCGCCACGUCGCUCGUGCAAUCGCCGUCGGUUGUUACACCGGACGAGGUCGCAGCGCCCGUCCUUGGGCUCCCCAUGAGCGCGGAAGCCAAGGCCACGUACAACAAGCUCGUCGCCUUUUGCAAGACCCGCGUGUUCCCGUCCGAGUCGGUCUUUAUGGCCGAGCAAGCGGCCAACCGCGCGGCCGGCAAGACGUGGACGGCCGUGGCGCCGAUCAUCGAGACGCUCAAGGCGGAGGCCAAGUCGCUUGGGCUCUGGAACCUCUUUAUGCAGCCGCUCACGAUCGACGGCGUCUCGUACGGUGCGCCGCUGACAAACGUCGAGUACGGCAUGAUGUGCGAAGUCAUGGGCCGCUGCGUGGUGCUGGCGCCCGAGGUGUUCAACUGCAGCGCGCCAGACACGGGCAACAUGGAGAUCCUCGCUCGCUUUGGCACGUCGGCGCAGAAGUCGCGCUGGCUUGCGCCACUGCUGGACGGCGACAUGCGCUCGUGCUUUGCCAUGACCGAGCGCUACGUGGCGUCGUCGGAUGCGACCAACGUCUGCACCCAAAUUGAGCGCGUCGGCGACGAGUAUGUGAUCAAUGGCGCCAAGUGGUACAUCUCGGGCGCCGGCGACCCGCGCUGCAAGCUCAUCAUCGUCAUGGGCAAGAUGAAGGACUCGUUCGGCGCCAAGGCGCGGUCGCCGUUCCGCCAACAGUCGAUGGUACUCGUGCCCAUGGACACGCCAGGCGUCGAGCUCGGCCGCCCCAUGCAUGUCUUUGGCUACGACGACGCGCCGCACGGGCACCUCGAAAUCUUCUUCCACAACGUCCGCGUGCCCGUCGCCAACGUUCUUCUCGGCGACGGACGCGGGUUUGAGAUUGCGCAGGCCCGGUUAGGCCCCGGGCGUAUCCAUCACUGCAUGCGCACCAUCGGCAUGGCCGAGCGCUGCCUCGAACUCAUGGUGCACCGCGCCAAGACGCGCUAUGCGUUCAAGCAGCUGCUGGGCGAGAACGCUCUUGUCGCGUCGUCGAUCGCCAUGUCACGCUGCGAGCUCGACAGCGCCCGCCUCCUCACGCUCCACGCGGCACACGAGAUGGACGAGAAGGGCAACAAGGCUGCGCAGCAGGCGAUCGCGAUGAUCAAGAUCGUCGCGCCGCAGAUGGCGAUCGCGGUGUGUGACCGUGCGAUCCAGAUCCACGGCGCGGCGGGAGUGAGCCAGGACUUUGUGCUGGCGUACUACGCGUCGGCGCUGCGCACGCUGCGUCUCGCGGACGGUCCGGACGAGGUGCACAUGCGCACGGUCGCCAAGACGGAGUUUCUCAAGGCGACGAGCCGCUUGUAAAGCUGCAUAACUCGACAAGAUCAGUCUUUUGCACGUCA